UGAAGGACUAGGGAUUGUCUUUUUAUCGAUUCAAAAAUUAAUUCCGUGGCGUCUGCGCGGUGAGAAUAGGUUCGACAAGAAGCUUUACUGAGAAACUUUGACCGGAUACAUUUGUCGUGUCUGUGAGGGUUGACACUGGGGGACAAAAUCCACUGCGCUCAGCUGCGCCCGCAAAGGCAGGCAGCAGGCGCGCCAGGCGGCUGAGAGUCCAAAGGUGGAGAACACCCGCAGGAUUUACUGUCAGGAAGGGAAAAGGAACGAAGAGAGCACUCAAAUAUUUUAUUGAACUCAAAUUGAGUCGUGGUUACGACCGUUUUAAGGGAAAAUGGGAGAAUCUGGAAAAGUGCCUUCCUCCAGCCUCAGGUCCUCCUUCACCACCUGCUUAAGGUGGAGCGGAACGCGCGGAUGCUCUGCUGGAUCAGAGCGCGGCUUUUAGAGCGUGCUAUGAAGGACAGCUACAAUGAUUCGGGUCGCAGAUUAAGUAUGGGGGCGCACAUCCUGGAGUCCAACUUCAGCGGGAACUUUACGCCUGCAGUAACGGAGGCUGGGACCGUCUUCCCCGGCUACCUGGUGGUGAUCCUGUCGGUCCUCAUGGUGACCCUGGUCAUUGUUGUGGUUGCUGGGAACGCACUUGUCAUCAUGGCUUUUGUUGUGGAUAAAACGUUAAGAAUUCAAAGCAACUACUUCUUUCUGAAUCUCGCCAUAUCUGAUUUUCUCGUGGGUGCCUUCUGCAUCCCGGUGUACAUCCCAUACAACCUGACUGGCAAGUGGAUGCUGGGUAAGGGUCUCUGCAAAGUGUGGCUGGUCAUGGAUUACCUGCUGUGCACCGCCUCGGUCUUUAACAUCGUCCUCAUCAGUUAUGACCGCUUCCUCUCCGUCACGAGAGCAGUGAAAUACAGGGCUCAGAGGAACAUGACCCGCCAGGCCGUGCUGAAGAUGGUGGCUGUGUGGGUGUUGGCCUUCUUCCUCUAUGGUCCUGCCAUCAUCUUCUGGGAGGCAAUAGUGGGUCAGAGCAUUGUGCCAGCCCACGAAUGCUAUGCAGAGUUCUACUUCACGUGGUACUUCCUGCUCAGCGCUUCUACAUUUGAGUUCUUCACUCCGUUUGUGUCUGUGGCUUUCUUUAACCUCAGCAUCUACCUGAAUAUCCACCAGAGGAAUAAGAACUGGAAUGCCUGUGCUGAAGACGAGCCUGAGCCUCAGAGGAAAUCGAAAAGACGCAAAGAUGGAGGAGGCUGGUCAGUGUUUUUUGUCAAGACCCGUAAAGUGACAUCCAGCGAGCCUGCAGCCAUCUCUGCGGUCAUAGAGGAUGAAGACGUCCUGUCCCCCUCUUCCAGUGGGUGUCCUGACACCAGUCAGAUCUUUGUGCAGAGGGAGAAGUUCUCCCCUCACAGGAAAAACUCCAGGCUGUUUCAGCAGACAGCCUCCUGCAUGCCACCCGGCCGUAGAACUCCUGGGUCUCGUCUAUCUAGGGAUAAAAAGAUCGCCAAAUCUUUGGCCAUCAUCGUUUGCAUCUUUGGGAUUUGCUGGGCUCCAUAUACUCUGUUGAUGAUCAUCCGUGCUGCCUGCAGCGGUGAAUGUGUGGCAAACUACUGGUAUGAGAUGACAUUCUGGCUUCUUUGGCUGAACUCCGCCAUCAACCCGUUUCUGUACCCUCUGUGCCACACCAGCUUCAGGCGGGCUUUCUCAAAGAUCCUGUGCCCCAAGAGACAGUCUGUCCAGCCUCAGAUUGAGGCCCAGUCCUGUUAGCAGAGCACAGCUCGGAUUUCGAUCGAUCCAGACAGAAGACGCUGGUCACGCAGUGUACAAAUCCAUACAAUGUUCUUCCAUGAAAAAGAUGUUUCGGUGUAUACAGAAAUGAUGAAAUGAAAUAUUGUAUUUGACAGCAAUACAACAAUGCAAACCGUCUUAAAAACACACUUCAAUCUCCUUAAUGAUAGAGUAGAGCAGAGCACCCGCACUUCAUCAGUGCGAGUAGAUAUAAUUGCCUCUGAUUAAAGUGCUCCCUAGAGCCAGUGUCAGAUUUUUCAAGUCGUAUAUGUUUCCAAAUGCAUUUCGAUGGUAAGUAGGACAGAAGGGAGUGAUGCGGUUUAUCAAGGGUUUACUUACCUUUGAGAAGUUAAUGUGCUGAAGCAGUGAGGUGAUCUCUUAUGUAGCCAGAUAGAGCGUGAUUACCAUAAUUUCCCCUAAGUUAUUGUGUUAGGCGCACUGUACUGCACGAGAAGUUGCUAAAUUAUGUCCAUGAAUGGAAGCAUAGAGAAACAGAGUCUUCACUAACAUUCAGGUUUCUAAGAAGAGGCAGGAAAAGCUUUUUAGCUUCCAUUAGCAUUAUUCUGGAAAUGAAACAAGGAUGUGUCAGUCUUUAAGCAUUUUCUGUUUCCCUGCAUGACGUGCUGACUUUCCCUUUUCAAACACAUUGCUUUUCAUGUGAAAAAAAACAAAAAACCAGACCUUUUGCAUACAUCUCCACAAAAACCAAUUCACGCCGUUCAUCAACAGAAUUAUUUAUGUGAAGCUUUUAAAAAAGGAGAUCUGGGUAUUUUUAUUCACAGUGACUUUUUUGUGCUUUCCCAUUUGCUUUCAGUGAAUUUAUACAUCAAGUUACUGAGGCUCCAGCACAAAGAAGGAGCAUAAAAUGGAUGGAAAGAUGUUUUGUUGGUGUUAAUAAUCUCUAUGAAAAAAAAUACAUUAAAGUUUUUUCACAAUAUGAAAAAU